CGGUGGCGGUGGCUGUGGCGGCUCCGUGUCGCCGGAGCCGAAGAGCGGAGGCCCGUCCCGGCGGCCGGGGGCGGGCUGGGUGGGGGCACCAUGUGGUUCAUGUACGUGCUGAGCUGGCUGUCGCUCUUCAUCCAAGUGGGCUUCAUCACGCUGGCCGUCGAGGUGAGCAUUGUGCUGAGGAGUCAACUCCAAGCUUCCAUUCAUUUUGCCCCGGUAAAGUUCCUCUUCUCCAGAGCCGCUGGACUUUACUACCUGGCAGAACUGAUAGAGGAAUACACAGUGGCCACCAGCAGAAUCAUAAAGUACAUGAUCUGGUUCUCCACGGCUGUGCUGAUUGGCCUGUACGUCUUUGAGUGCUUUCCCACCAGCAUGAUUGGUGUGGGCCUCUUCACCAACCUCGUCUACUUUGGCCUCCUCCAGACCUUCCCCUUCAUCAUGCUGACCUCGCCUAACUUCAUCCUGUCGUGCGGACUAGUGGUGGUGAAUCAUUAUUUAGCAUUUCAGUUUUUUGCAGAAGAAUAUUAUCCUUUUUCAGAGGUCCUGGCCUAUUUCACUUUCUGCCUGUGGAUAAUUCCAUUCGCGUUCUUUGUGUCACUUUCAGCGGGGGAGAACGUCCUGCCCUCCACCAUGCAACCAGGAGAUGAUGUGGUCUCCAAUUACUUCACCAAAGGCAAGCGGGGAAAACGCUUAGGGAUCCUGGUUGUCUUUUCCUUCAUCAAAGAGGCCAUCCUGCCCAGUCGUCAGAAGAUAUACUGACCCCCUGGGGGAGGGAAUGUGGGGGCAGGAUCAGAAGUCAGGCCCCUGGGCCUCUGUGCUAGAUAGGGGCCAGGAGCCUGGAAGACACCUUCCACCAGCCCUGGCUUCCCUCCCCUUGGUCCUGAAGCCCCAUCCUCACCCUCCUUGGGGGCUCAGCUUGGCUCAGAUCUGAUAUUGCCAGGGGCCAUAACCUCACAGGGCUCCAGGGAGGUGGCAAAGCCUGCUUAGCCAGGUGGCCUAGUUCCUCAGCCUCCUCUCCCCCUCCCGAGGUGGGUUGGGAGAUUCAGGCUCAGCCAGGGGAGGCAGGGCAGGGUCCAUGAAGCUAGAGAACAGCCAGUGAAAAGUUCCCUGGGCAGAUGACCAUAGGGAGGGGACACAGCUUGGCACUUCCAAGAGAAAUGGUUUUUGCUGUUGAACUGUGAUUUUUGUCCAUUUGCUGAUUCCCGUUUGAAUAAAGAUUCUAGGUGGCACUGUUUGCCUUAAUAUCCCAAAAGUUCAUCUUCCUUCUUCCUGCUAACUUUCUGCCUCAACUGGACUAGCUUUCUGUUCCAGGAACUCCUCUCCUGGGUCCGAGUCUUGCCUUUCUUGAGGGAUCUUGUCUUUAGAGGGAGGGGGCAGACAUGAGCAGAGCCGGGUGGGCGUGGAGGCCAGGGGCAGCAGCAGCCUUUCUUAUGUACCUCCCUCUUCCAUCUCUUCUUCUCCCAAGGCUCUGUGCCAUGCAGGCAGGGAGUAGGAGACAAUUGAGGAUUGGGUUAGAUUUUUCAGAACAUCCACAGUAUUCUAUUUAUAAGUCUUCCUCUGAGGAAAAGGAGUACUUACUGGCUGAAAUUCUAUCUCAGGCUUAAAAAAAAUAAGCUUCCAGGCAGCCUGGGCUUAGACUUUUUUUAUGAAACAAGGUUGGUUGGGAGAGGCUUUUUGUCACUCUUUAGAGCACACAAGGUCUGGCACUCUGUUCUGUGCGCUCCUCACUCCGGGGGAGAUCUCCGCCUUCCGAGAAGGCAGGCCCAGGCUGAGGCGCAGGCCAGCAGGCGUUAUCUUGUGCUCCAACCCUAGUGCCUUGCCAUGCUCACCAGUGCACAUCGGCAUGAAGUCCCCACGAGCGCCCUCGCUGGCCGCGUCCUAUACCUCACAGUGAGGCUGGCAGGUGCAGGAUGCACUGUCCCCCGGUGCGCUUUAAGUCACUGGCAAGACCCCCGUGCUCGAGCGUCUUUAUUUCACUGCUUGAAGUCUCAUCAUACCCCUUUAUUUCCUUGGCUUUAGCAUUUCUGUGCUCGUAAGAGCACCGCUUCGCCCUUCUGCUUUCCCUGGGAGGACGGCACGUUUGGUCUUUGGGUGUGAGUAAAAUUGCCAGGCCCUUUUCUGCUCCGUGGACCAAGUAGGGGACAGGAGGACAGUACCCUCCCCAGUGGAAAGGCAGCUGGUCCUCAUCUCCUUUGCCAUCCACUUGGUUCCUUCCCCUGAUGAGGUAGCUUUUUUUAACUUUUCUGUUCACUCUGCUGCUGUCAGGGACAGCCAGGGCCUUCACACAUGAAAUCCAGCUGAUUCUGCAGACUACCCUGCUGGAUCUGAGCAGCAGCUGACCCGCUUGUCCUGCUUGCUUCUGCAGUUGUGCUUCCCUGGCUCUUCUGUGGCUGUUGCUCCAUCUCUAGCUGCUCCUUUCAGUCUCCCUUUCUUAGGUUUCUCUGCUUGCUCCAUGCACACUGGCUUGCAGUGUUCUAUUGUGGGCUCCCUGGGAAGCUGCUCCAUGCUGAUGGCUUCAGGGACUCUGCUGAGGAACCGAGUGCUCCCUGCAGUCGCCUGCCUCUCCCAAUCUUCUGCAUCAGUUCUGCUGCCUUCUGGGUCCAUAGACACCUCAGACAUGGUACCCCUUACUGUCCUCUGCCAGGCGGCCUCCCCUUUUGGGUACCUGCCUAGGCCCUUGCACCACUCAGGAGACAGGACGCUUGCUCUCAAAUUUUCCCUUUCUAUCCCUACAUCUGAACUCUAAAAAUGAUCAAAUCCAUUUUCUUGACAUCUCUUCGUUUGAGCACCCUCAUCAUCAUCAGCUUUUGCCUGCUUUGUUCUGGUAGUCCCCUGUUGCUUCUGUCCCACAGCCAGCCAGAGUUGUCUUUCAGAUGCAGUCGAUCAAGUCACUCCCUGGCCUCAAACCUUCCGUAGCUCCUCAUUGCCUUUCGGAUGAAGUCCAGACCCCUUAACAUGUGAGUCUCCUGGUAGCCUGGCCCCUGCUCACCUCCCGUCUCAUCAUCCUCUUCUACUUGGGCCCCCGCCUCCUGUGGACGGACACACCAUGGCUUGCGCUCACCACGUUGAUUCCCCUUCACUCAUUCUGGUACUUUCUCUGUCAAGUCUUAUCUUGGAUUUUACUUCCUUCAAGAAGCUCUGAAUGUCCCCUCCGCCCUAGCCCCAGCACAGAUCAUUUUGGGCUUAUUUGCCUGCUUUAUAAUCUCUCUCCCCCCUAGACUGUAAGCUCCUUGAGGGCAAGGACUGUCGUUGAAUUUUUGUAUCAUCAGUGCCUGGUUUGGCACCUGGCACAUAGAAAGCACUCAAUAAAUGUUUGUUUAAUGAU